AUGGCUGAGAAGGAUGUAACCACGUCGAAUCCCCCUGCGGAAUCCGCGGCUCUAGCUGAUCCAUCGGCGGCAUUUGAGAAGAUGCAAGAACUUCUCAAAACGAAAAACGACACAUCUAGAUUUGUUGGUCUCGCCCUUCUCAAGAGUGUGCUUGACAAUGGCCAGCUAGUUCAGGACCCAGAAAAAUUGCGUGUCCUCUGGGAAGCCAUGUCACCGAAGUUCUUGGAUCGCCUUCUUCAAGCCCAAGAAAAUGAAAAAAUUAGCAAAAUAGAGGCGAAAGAGAUGGUUGAUCUUGCUGUAGCUGUUAUUCAUACCUUUUCCAAAUUACUACCUCAAGAUGCUCUCAAAGAGAGAAGGCUCACUGGGAGGAUAGAUCCACUUGUCAAGGCACUCAUUCGAAGCACUUCGAGCACCACAGAGUUGAUUUUACAAAGUCUUUUGACCAUUGUUAGCCAGCCCGAAGGUGCUUUAGAGAUGUUACGUGUGCAAGACUUAUCGCCCUUGAUCGAGAUUGCUACUCAGCACUCACUUGUGCUCGAUAUUCUCAGUUACACAUGGCUCAAUGCUUCAACGGUUAACACCGAAAUACCAGCAGUCCGGCAAAGCAUUGACAAUGUGCUUACAAAACUUGUUGUUGUAUUCAAACAAACAGACGCAGUCACUUUGAUGCAGUCUGUUGCCGAUUUCCUCCCAAAGUUACCAGCUGAAACUCUAUCCCCGGAGGCAAAUUGGCUUGUACCUCUUGUAUCAAGUCUACGCAACCUUGUCUCGAAAAAACCUACCGCAGCUGGUCGAGCUGCCUAUAGUAAACUGGCUGCUGUUUUACUCCAAGCAUAUCCGGUGCAAUGCCCCAUUCUGCUGUUCAAAGAUAGCAUCUUGAAGACCGAAGACAGCAAACCAUUUUCGUACCUUUUAAUCAAUCUUCUCCUUAUCGAUUUACGCUCAUCAUUCCCCUCAUUGCUUUCGCAACUCAAUAGUACCGAGUAUUAUUCCAUAUCUCAGCGGCUAGCAGCUACGUGUGAUAUCCUCUCGUCUUUCAUAGGAUUUCUAAUCAGGAGUCUCGAUGACGAAGCCAGUCAUCCCUCCUUCAGCAUGCCACCAGACCUAUUGCUGAAGUUGCGGAAAGAUAUUUCCGAAACAAUGUCUCUUAUGAUUGAAUAUCUUCGAGAUAGAUGGGAUGCGUCUAUUGCCGGGGCGUCUGGGUUGCAUCCCGAAGCCCGUGCAGGAACUGCUGCCAGCUUAGGGGGCAAAAGACUCACAUUGACUUGGGAUUCAAAGGAAGCUGAUGUAGUGGCUGAUCCCUUGGUUUUGGCUGGCAUUAGAGUUCUGGCUAUCUGGAUCCGAGAGGACGAGAAUGAUAAUCUACGCAAUGAGAGUUCUGGCUUGAUGGAUAUGCUCGUUGAACUUUACAAUGGAAGCGCUGAAGGAACACUUGAUUUCCGCUAUCCAGUCUUGCUUGCUCUGGAUCCCAUUCUACUUUCAGAGCGUGGCGUGGAAGGAUUUCUUGAGCACAACGGUUGGAUGGUGUUAUUUAAUGACCUGGAAUCAACGAUCCAGACCAGCCCACUUACUAUUUCGGAAGCCUCCCGAGGACUUGAGAUUGUCCGUGUUUUACUGAGUGUCAUAGAUCAUCCAUCAACAUAUCUUCCAAAUGAAGAAUGGAUGGCGGUCAUUGGGUUGGCAGCAUCCAUGAAGGCAGCGGCCAAUACACCUCCUUUGGUUCUUGAGUUUCAGAUUGGGGUUCUCCAGCUUUCGACGGCGAUUCUUUCGAAAGCAGCACAAGGAGUGCAAAAACGAUAUGUCACCAGCAUUCCAGCUCUACUAGGCCUUGUGAAUCAGCUAGAGGUUCUAGUUAAAAACAUAAGUUCAACAGAGGCUGCUGAUUUACUAGAUCUGUUGGAGGAUGUGUCACUGGAGUUAGAGAACUUACGGGCGGUUCGAUGA